CAAACUUUCUGCGUCGUUUUUCUGCUUUUAUUGUUAAAGGUCGAUACAAACUAAUUUAUUAAUAAAUAUAAAAGAUUAUACCCUUUAGUGACUAUACUUCUCUAAAAAACGCCCCCUAAAUGUAUUUCAAAGUCAAAUGUACUUCAAUGGAGAAUUCUGGUUUCUGAGCCGCCAAGCGCCCCGUGGAGGAGUAACGUUACUACUGUUAAUGUAGUGCCGCAGUGAAUCAUUUGGGCGUGUAGUCUUCAAAACCUAAGAUGCAGUACAAGUCUUCCGAAUGAAAAGUCAUUCUGCUGUUGUCACGCUGUAGUUUAAUUUAUUGUAAACUUUUCGAAAGCAUGCCGUUUCCGAGAGCUCUCUUCGCCGCCAUUGGGGUUACAGCUGGGGCUGCUGGUGCUGUUAUUUUGACCCCGUUCGCGCUCUCCAUGGCUGGGUUCUCUGCCGCCGGAAUCACGGCUGGUUCUUUGGGAGCUGGAAUGAUGUCAUCAGCAGCCAUCGCCAACGGGGGCGGAGUGGCUGCGGGAAGUUUGGUCGCACUGCUCCAGUCGGCAGGUGCUGCUGGUAUGUCUGCAGCUGCAACAGCUGGUGUGGCAUCAGUGGGAGGCACUGCGGGGGGUCUGUUAGGAGGAGCUGUUGGUUUGUUGAAGAGGAUGAGGAGAUAAGGAAUGUCCAUUGAGCUUCUGAUCACAAACACUGACAAAGUCAGUGCAGCUUUGCAAUUAUAAUGUUGAAAAAAUACCAGCUAAAUUAUCUAAAUUUCAUAGGUUCAUGGCAAGGGCUUGCCCCACCUUUGUUAAAUUAAUUUAUUAAAAAAAAGAAAAAAGAAGAUGGAUUGUGGCAUUGGUACUAGGUCUUCAUUAGAGCGUGUUGCUGGGUGCUAUAUAGACAAACGACUUUUGGACAAAAAGUAUUGUCUGUAAUGGGGAGUAUUUAUUGAAAUAGCUUACCCAGGUCAUUAAGACACUAUUCUACAUAUUACACCUACAAAGAUCACCUUAAAAAGUUGCUUAUGUCGAACCAGAAGUGUAAACAUUUUACUUGGUUAUUUUAAAUAAUGUGUGGAGUAUUUGGCUAUUAAUGCUUUAUGUAUAUUUGAGUAUGUGUCCUUGUGUACCUGCCUAGGGACUACGGAUGUAAAUUAGCAAUGUUGCUAUAAUCCGGCUUGUUAAACUUUUGUAUUUUAUACUAAUGUUCAUAAUUUAAUUGCAUUUAUUGACCCUAUUAAAUAAAUAAAUAAAUAAAUUGAAUCAAAAACAAAUCUCUUUUCUUUCAGGUUUGAGGCAGAUAUUUUGCUUGUAAGUCAAUUGUUUAUUGUAAAUGGCCAUUUAUUAAACUAUGAGGAAUUUCUCAGUCCUUUCAACAUUCCCAUUACCCCUAAAGAAUACUAUAGUCUUUGAUGCCAUACCAUCUGGAGUUAAUAGACUGUUUCAACAUAUCCCCGAUCCCUCUAUUUUACCUUCUUUAGACCCUACUGUUUCAGUGGUGGGGAAAUAUUGUUUUUCAUCAGCUUCUUAAUAGAUUGAUAUGUUUAUUAUUUCGUAAUGAAAGUGUGUCUGUCACGAAUGUGGCUCCCUCGCCUCCUCCUCCGCACCACCGGAGGGAGCCAUCACCCGAAUAUUGACUGUUCCCAUUCGGACUACGUUUCCCACAGGCCCUCAUUCCUGGGACUGAUCACGCACACACCUGCACCUCAUCACACCCACACUAUUGAAGACACACACACACACACACACACUCACACUCACUCACUCACUCACUCACACACACACACACACACACACACACACACACACACACACACACUCACUCACUCACUCACUCACUCACUCACUCACUCACACACACACACACACACACACACUCACACUCACACUCACACUCACACUCACACACUCACACUCACACACUCACUCACUCACUCACUCACUCACUGCGAAGUCCUGAUUUGCCCCGGUGAUCAUUUCUGAGCGUUUUCUUGUGGACUGUUUAUUCUGUUACCGUUGGACUGUUUAUUCGUUGUGAUUCUCUGCUGCCUGCCCUGAUCUUUGCCUGUGUACUGGACUGUGUUUGCUUGCCGCCUGCCCUGAUCUCCGCCUGUGACCCGAUACUGUUUGUCUGCCGCCUGCCUCGACCAUUGCCUGUCCCUGUUUAUGUCCUUGCCUUUGCCCCUGUCUGCCUUGUUGUUUUUUCUAAAUAAAGCUGCAAAUGGAUCCCCA